AUGGCCGGUCGGAAACGAGUCAGGGCCACCCGGUCCAGGGCUGCAAAUUCCGACUUACCGGAUGUCUAUCAAGAGAUGUUGGUGGAAGCUGCGGCGGAUGUCGGCUCUGCAGCAUUCUCAGAGCCACCAGCUAAAAGACUCAAGCGACCCGGGGAAGGAAAAGCAGCGGCCGCAGCUGUCAAGUCAAACGCAACAGAACCGGAAGGAUCUGGAGACGAUGAUGAGGACGCAGACAUUGAGUUUGAAGACGUAGUUCUGCCUCAGGCGACUGUCCAGACCCUGCACAGAGACUCCGAUGACGGUGAUGAUGAUGAUUUUGAUGAUGAUGUCGAAGAAGAGGUGGGCAAUGAGAAUGGAAUCAUUUUUGAGGACGUCGAAUUUGGAGCCCUGCAACCUGACUUGGAGACUCGAGAAGAACCUAAGAGACUGACCCUCAAUCUAUCAAAGCAUGCCGGCAUGACGACCGCCUCCAGGAAGGGAGUCACCAAACGAAAGCCAGUAAUGAAGGAGGAAAAGGAGCGGCGCAUAUCAAUACACAGGACUCACCUGCUGUGUCUCCUUCUACACUGUGCCCUGAGGAAUCGUUGGUGUGACGAUGAACAGGUCCAGAAAAGCCUGCGUCCUCUGCUCGCCAAGAAGACGAUUGGCUACUUGAAACCGAGUUCCAGUCUCCCCCCAUUUGGACAAACCGAGUCUCUCAAGAACGGCCUCGAACAAGCUGGAGCCGUAUUUAGGUCCAAGUUCCAAAUCACCGAACGAGGCCUGCGUCGGCCCCUGUGGGCAGAGGAUCCUGACCAUCUAACCAACUAUGAGCCACCUAGCGAUAUGGAUUCGUGUCUGGACCGUUCGGACUUCAGGGGUGCAGCGAGGACGCUAUCAGGGUCUCGGGAUACCGGCGCACAGCUGUACUGUGCUUUGCUGAGGGCGGUAGGAAUUCGCGCGCGGUUGGUCUGCUCGCUGCAGCCACUCUCUUUCGGUUCAGCCGGUCCAACUCUUCCAAAGCCCAGAGACCCAAAGUCUCCAAAGAAGCUUACCAAUGAGGAGGAAAUAAGGACUCAAUUAUCACAGUAUAAUAAGCCAGCUGUCGAGGAGACUUCGUCUGCCGCCUCAGUUUUGGCUUCGCCACUCCAUCGGUCAGGCCACCCGAACGCCGCAGCAUAUCAGUUGCCAUCGACAUCAGUUACAUCACUCCCACGGCGACCGGGGGAGACGCCCAAGAAGAUCCGCGAGUCGAGCUUUCCGGUUUACUGGGUUGAAGUGCUAGACGUGGGACACCAGAAGUGGCAGCCUGUAGACCCUUUGGUCACAAACUCCAUUUGGAAACCCAAACAACUGGAACCCCCGGCAACUGACAAGGAGAACUCUCUCACAUACGUCAUUGCUUUCGAUGCUGACGGCACGGUUCGAGACGUCACUCGACGAUAUGCCAAGGCGUACACGGCCAAGACGCGUCGUCUACGGAUUGAAACGGCUGUUGAACGUGGCGACAGGUGGUGGCGCAAAGUAUUGAAGCCGUUCGGCCGCCACCAGCUGACCGAUCUUGACCAAAUUGAAGACAAUGAGCUGAAUGCGACUGAAGCGCGCGAGCCAAUGCCGCGAAAUGUGGCAGACUUCAAAGAUCAUCCGGUGUUCGCGUUGGAGAGGCAUCUGAGGCGCAACGAGGUCUUUAUACCAGACGCGCAGCCUGCCGGGACGGUAGCUGCAGGUAGCAGGGCCCCGCUGGAAAAAGUUUAUCGACGCAAGGACGUUCGAAUUGCCAGAAACAGGGACAAGUGGUAUCGCAUGGGACGCGAGGUCAAGCCGAUGGAGGUCCCAGUUAAGUUCUUACCGCGAAGAUCCAAUGCAAAACCAGGCGAGUACGUCGACGACGGCUACGGAGGAGACGCACGCAAUGCCGCAGGAAUACCGAUUUUCACACAAGAUCAGACAGAAAUUUACCGCGCAUCACCGGUCGUUGAUGGGCGAAUUCCAAAGAAUAAGUUUGGCAAUAUCGACGUAUAUGUAGAAAGCAUGGUACCCGAGGGCGGCGUCCACAUCCUCGACGAGUUUGACAAAGCUGCCCGGGCUGCAUAUGUGCUAGGGAUCGACUACGCGCCAGCUCUAUCAGGGUUCCAAUUCAAAGGAAAACACGGAACAGCGGUGUUCAAUGGCGUGGUAGUAGCCAAGGAGUACGAGGAAGCCGUAUGUGCGGUCAUGACUGGGUUUGAGGACGUAGACGCACAGGCAGAGCAAAGCAAGCGAUCGUCGACCGCCAUCCGCACUUGGAGGCGGUUCCUUGUGGCACUCCAGAUCUCUGAGCGCGUGUGGGCAGGCGUGGAACCUGAGGAGAGGGCUGAGGAAGAAAGAAAGCUGACCGAAUCCGUUCGGUCUGGUGUUGACAAGGUGUCGGACGACUACAGUACAGCGGAGGGCGGCGGCUUCCUUAUCGAAGACAGCGCCAGGAUCGUCGACGCUGCGCAGACAUUAAGCAGCGCGACGUUUAUGAUAAAAGCUGAAGCAAGAGACAGUACGAAUGGCUUUGGUCUGGAGAAGAGGGACAAAGUUGCUACCCGCAAUGAAGACACGGGCAAGGGCGCUGCCCGCAUUGAGGCGGAGGCUGACGGAGGUGGUUUCCUGGUCGAUACUGACGAGGAGAUUCACGAUAAUGGGGCAGCUAAGCAAACGACUGAGGCCCGGGUAAGUCCUGGGAUUCAACAGAAGGGUAGGCUUAAGGCAGAAGAGGACAGCGAAGUCGAGGACGCGUUGAGCGAUGUGACGGAGGAAUAUGAUAUGGAGGAGGAUGAGGGUGGUGGAGGAUUCCUGGUAGGAUAG